AAUACCCCUUUUACCCGAUUGCCAUAACACAAUUAAAUCAAAGAGGAAAAGGAUAUUGCAAUAGAGUGAAAAGAAGAGAAACAUGGCUUCAGAUGAAUGCCAAGGGAAAAGUUCAUGGCCGGAGCUCCUGGGAGCAAAAGGGGAGGAGGCAGCAGCUACAAUUGAGAGGGAGAAUCCUAAUGUCAAUGCUGUGAUUGUGUUGGAAGGAUCAUUUGUCACCCCGGAUUUCUUGUGCACUAGGGUUCGUGUUUGGGUUAACACUGAUGGGAUCGUUACCAGGGUUCCCGUCAUUGGUUAAAUGCAAAGGGCUUAUACACUUGACUAGGAAGUCACUUAUUUAUACCUAGUCAUGUAGCCAUAAUUAAAUAAGCAAGCUCAAAAUUAUUGUAUCUCUUGACAUACAUAUAUCUCUGUAAUUUGGUUUAAAUUUGACAUAAGAUACUAAUAAUAGUUUCCUAUUAAGACCUUUUUCACUUUAUAA